UCCUGUUGGUCUCACAGUAGCAGACAUGGGACCCUGGCUGAGUAAAUUACUGAUUCUUGCUGCAUUUUGUUAUGAAUGCAAAGGAGAAGAUUCAGUCAUUCAACCACCAGGAGAUGUGAUCGCUACUGAGGGAGAACAGGUCACACUGGACUGUCAAUUUGAUGCAGUUAAUAUUAAUAAUCUGAACCUGUUCUGGUACAAGCAUGAAUUAAAUGGAUUCCCAGAGUUCAUGCUGGGACGUUUUUCUUUUGGAAGUAAAAAUGCCACUGAGUUCAAGGAUAGAUUUGAUGCCCAUCUCGAUGCAGACUCCAAGUCAGUCCCCUUGACGAUCCAGAGGGUGCAGCUGUCUGACUCUGCUGUGUACUACUGUGCUCUGAAAUGCAGAGGAGACAGAGUGUUACAGUCAAAAGGAGUUGAGACGGCUACUGAAGAAGGACAAAUAACACUUGUCUGUCAUUAUGAAACAGACGAUCCAAGUCCAUAUCUAUUCUGGUACAAACAGGGAGAAAACGACUUCCCCAAGUAUAUGCUUAUGCGGCACAAUUUUGGAACUGGGGACAAUUCUGCUGACUUCAAGGAGAGAUUUCAUGCUGAUCUAGAUGCCAACUCCAAGUCAGUCCCCUUGACGAUCCAGAGGGUGCAGCUGUCUGACUCUGCUGUGUACUACUGUGCUCUGAGGCCCACUGUGAUAACAGGAUAUACAGGAUAUAUAACCCCUUUAUAA